AUGCGCAGUGUCUUAGAGCUGCUGGAGGUUUCGCAUAAACCAGGUUUGACAUGGACUGAGACGUUCCUCGAGAAUGAAGACCUAGUACCUGUUCCCCCAAAGCAGCGAACAUGGGGUCAUUGGAACUUUGUCUCCUUCUGGGUCACGACGAGUUACAAUGUCAACACCUGGAUGAUUGUCUCGUCCAUGAUCCAACUCGGCAUGAACUGGUGGCAAGCCUGGAUCUGCGUGUGGGUAGGAUAUGCAGCCAGCACCCCCUUCUUGAUAUUAAAUUCGCGACCUGGUGCUGUGUUCCACAUCACCUUUCCGGUGGUGGCAAGAACGAGCUUCGGGAUGUGGGGGUGUCUGUGGACCACUUUUAAUCGUGGUGCUAUGGCCUGCAUAUGGUAUGGCGUGCAAGCCUCGAUCGGCGGAAACUGUGUCCUGGUCAUGCUCCGCGCGAUGUGGCCGAGCGUCAAUAAUAUCCCGAACCACCUCCCGGCAUCCGCAGGCAUCGCCUCCCGCGACUUCUUCUGCUUCUUCCUCUUCUCGCUCAUCUCCCUCCCUUUCAUCUGGUUCCCCGUCCACAAGAUCCGCCACUUCUUCACCGUCAAAUCCAUACUGGUGCCCAUCGCUGGUAUCACCUACUUCGUGUGGUGCAUCGUCAAAGCCAAGGGGCUCGGCCCCAUCAUCCGCCAGCCCGCGACCAUCCACGGGUCGACGCUCGCGUGGUCGAUGCUCGCGAGCAUGAUGUCCUGCCUCAGCAACAUGUCCACCCUGAUCCUCGUGGCGGUCCCGCUGGGCUACGGGAUGAUCAGCUUCUUCGGGAUUAUCGUGAGCUCGUCCUCGCAGGUCAUAUACGGCGAGCCGGUGUGGUCGCCCGUCGAUCUGCUGGGGCGGUUCCUGGACGGGGAGCCCUCGCAUGCUACGCGGUUCGGUGUGUGGUUCAUCUCCAUUGGGUUUAUCGUCGCGCAGAUAGGAACCAACAUCUCCGCGAACUCGGUCAGCGCGGGGUGCGACCUCACCUCGCUCUUCCCGCGCUUCAUCAAUAUCCGGCGCGGCGGGUACAUCGCCGCCGUCGUCGGGUUCUGCAUGUGCCCGUGGCUGCUGCUCACGAGCAGCAGCAACUUCACCGCCUACCUCUCCGCGUACUCCGUCUUCCUCUCCUCCAUCGCGGGCGUCAUGGUGAUGGAGUACUGGGUAGUGAGAAGGGGGCAUUAUCGGGUCGCGGACCUCUACUCGAUGCGGCGGGACGGGUGGUAUUGGUACACGGGCGGGUUCAACCUCAGAGCGUACGCGGCGUACCUCGCGGGGAUCCUGAUCAACGUCGUCGGGCUCGUCGGCGCGAUGGGCCGCCCCGUCCCGCGCGCCGCGCAGCACAUCUACGACAUCUCGUACUUCACGGGCUUUGGCGUCUCCGCGAUCCUCUACUACGCGCUCAACCGCCUCUUCCCCGCGCGCGGAGCGUUUAAGGGGUUCGAGGAGGUGGAUGUGUCGGGGGUGUUGGAUGGGGGGGAGGUGGGAGAUGCGGAGACGGGCACGGUGGGAGAGGGGGAGGAAGAGAAGGGGAGCGUAGGGAAGUUUGGAGCGGCCGUGGCUGUUGACGAGGUGGUAGAGCGAGCGGUGUGA